AUGUGGCUAAGUGAAGCUCAAAAAUUUGGUGUUGCAUUCACUUUUGGUGGAGUUGGUUUCUUUUUUUUUGGUAUUCUCACCUUCUUUGAUAGAGCGUUACUAGCUCUAGGCAAUAUUCUAUUUCUCAUCGGUGUGGUGUUAAUUAUCGGAUUACAUAAAACUACUAUUUUUUUCACUAGACCAACAAAGAGACGUGGUUCUUUAUGUUUUAUUUCUGGAAUUCUUCUGAUUCUUGCGAAAUGGACUUUUAUUGGAUUUAUUGUGGAAACUGUGGGGAUCUUUGGUUUAUUUGGUGACUUUUUCGGUAUAGUGGUCCAGUUUUUAAGGUCAUUACCUAUCAUUGGUCCUAUCUUAUCUCAUCCUGCAGUGGCACCAAUUGUCGACAGAAUUGCAGGAGUAUCAGUUUUGCCUGUAUAA